GUCAGCAUCCCGAUAUCAGGUCACAGGGUCCGCCAAAGGGUAACAGUACAUAAUUGUCUCUUUAGAAGCACGGUGGCUUUGUACAAGCGCUAGCUAAGCUAACCGCGCUUCCUCCUCUCACUGCCAUUCAAUUCUAAUCAGUCACAGUGUGAUCGCUCCAAGCCCCCAUACACCCUCGAGCAUUCCCAAGCUUGACACAGGCACAAUUUUUGACCCAAAUUUCAUAACCAGCUGGGCGUACGCGUGAAUAACUAAUAAAUCCACUAUGAGGAAGGAACGUCUUCCCUAACUCGAAUAAGGAUACAGCAUGGCUAGUUCCCUUGACGCUUCAACGCCGGUUUCUCCUCUCUACAUCUCUGGUGUCAUCGUCGAUUUCAGCAACUCGAACAAGAAUGUGGAGUCCGCUGAAGUACGAAUCUGCCGCAAGUCGCCCAUGCCAAUCGAAAGUGGGGCUGGAAAGGCUUUGCGACAGACGUUUUCUCCACCCAUGAACCUUUCUCUCGAGGAUACGUUUUCCUUGCAUGUACGGUAUAAGAGAUGGUAUGGAACCGAGCAUGAAGACAUUGCUUUCGAACCGGUUGAAGACAUGUUCCGCAAGUGUAGUACAGGAGAAAGACGAGAAUACAAAAAGGUUCAUAAAAACAUCAACAUUUUUGUCGAACUUUCCGGGAAUCCAACGACCGAACAGACCGAACAGGUUUUCUCCUCCGAUGAAACCCGGGAACUCCGGCCUACCACUGAUGAAAUCUUUCGGAAGUGUCCUCAGUUCCGAAUUCUGGUGAUAGGCAAGACUGGUGUUGGCAAGUCUUCGUUGAUCAACCACGCAUUUGGAGUACAAAACGCGACCACUUCGCACGCACAGCCAGGCGAGGCCACCAUCGACCAGGAGUUCAUCUCACCGCAGAACGACAGGUUCAUUCUUCACGAUAGCAAAGGUUUUGAACCAGGGGAAAAAGACAACCUCAACAUUGUCCGAGAUUUCAUUGGCCGUCGGAAAGCAAUGCCUGAUUUGAAAGAUCAGCUGCACGCUGUUUGGCUUUGCUUUGAAAUACCCCGCGCAGGCGGGCGUUUACUAGAGACCGGCGUGGAGCAAUUUCUCACGUCGAAACGCGAAGGAGAGCUAGGAGAAAUUCCCAUUGUUGUCGUUUUCACCAAAUACGACACCCUCCUCGACCGCAUGGAGAGAACUCUGAACAAGUCCUUCACCAAGGAUUUGAGCAAGGAGGCCGUCCAGGAACUCACGAAGAAAAGCGCAAAAGACAAGCUAAAGGAAGUUUGCAUUGCACCCCUAGAGAAAUUUGCAGGGUCCGAUAUGCCGCAUGUUACAGUUUCCACAAAGGGAAACCACCACGAGGAGACGCUGGCCAAUUUGAUCCGAACCACUGAGGAACUCGUUUGUAAGCAUAUCGGGACCGACGCGUCGGUGAUGACGUCCGUCGCUCAGCGAGUGGAUCCUGGUCUCAAAAUAAAGGCAUCAAUAGAAGUUGGCAAGAGAAAAUACUGGAAGGCGCUCGCAUCAAGCGCACCAUUCAAGAACCGUUCAAUGUGGGACUGUUUGCACGUGCUUCACACUGACAUCGUCAAUGUAUGGAACUUUCAAGACCCUGAUGGUCACUUGUGCAGCCCAGAGUUCAGGACAAUAAUGACGAAGAUGGUCGAUGAGCUGGACGUUGGACCCACUGCUGAUCCCAACAAGAACCUUGCGUUUGGGCUCUCCAUUGUGGGUACUAUUGCGGGCAUCUUGUCUGCCUUGGCCGGACCUGCCGCCCCCAUCGUAGUGCCAAUAGUGGCGAGUGUUGUGGUUGCGCACUGGGUUUACGAGGUGUAUCAGCGGUCUCGUUCGGCGCUCCAACGCUUCAUGAAAUACAUAAUCGACUUGACUCUUGUGUUGCAGACGCUGUAUCUUGUGUCGGAAAACCGGAAGCUGUCUCGUAGAGCCAUCAAACUUGCGGUCAAGUCCUACCACGACUCACCAAUGAGCGGAACAGUCCAUGAUAGGAUACAGCAGUACGACAAGCAAUCGACCUUCCUGGAACGCGCGGACCGUGAUUCAUUGGAUCAAUUCGUCAGGCUACUACAAUCAUAUAACAUCAGUGCGGAAGAAAUGCCGGGUCUUCGGGGCAAACUUCCCGCUGUGGAUUUAUCAUCAGAUGAACCAUGGGACACGAAGUCUUAGUACUUGAUUCUUUCUUGUGUAUAUGAUUUUGUGUGUUUGCUGGUGUCUGAUUUUUGGAGUACCUACGGGAAUCGUGACGUGUCCUCACUCACACUAUAUAAUUGGAGUUAUGGCUGGCCUGUGCUACUGUACUUUGCCUCGAAUGUCCUGAUGUUCCGAGGUACUGUGACCCUGAAAAGCUUUUGCUUGAAAUAACCUGAGAAAUCAAUUUAUCCUCCCGGGA